CAAUGAGGUAAAAGUUUGUAAUACUGUGCAGAUGAGGCUACUUAACCAGGAUACACAGUGCUAAUAUAAUACCUGAAUAUAGUACCUGCACUAUGCCCGUUGUGCUCGCACUUAGGUCCUGGACUUUAUUAAGGACACCCUGGCCAAAAUGAAAAGAAACAACUCUUUUGAGCUCCAGCAUGUGUAAUGGUAAUAUAUCUGUAUUAUUAUUCUUUCAGUUAAUUCCAAGAGUCCAGGUAACCAAGAACUCUGGGAGAGGGAUGACCUUCUUCAACAUUGUGGUAUGUGUAAAGGCGUAGAGGACAUGGAAAGCCACUCCUUUCUGCUGGUGGAGCUGCAGAAGGUCCAUGUUUGACUACAUCUUGUAGGGAGAUGAUCUCAGUAGCUGUGUUAAGUUCAAGUGCUGCUUCAGUGGUUAAGUCAUAAUGGUUAGUUGGAUACACAGUCACAGGCUCAUGAUCUGAAACACCCUGUUUCCAGAAGAGUCCACCAUGUAGUCUGUGACUGCUGCUCUAAUGGACCAUAGUGCUAGGUCAAGAUCGUUGCUUAUAUCAGAAGUUCAAGGGCGAAUUACAGCCAUCGUUGGUAGCACAGUGAUUCCAGGAGGCCUGAGCCCCUGAGCCUCAGGCCACCAUGGAUGCACUUGGAGGUAAGGAGAGUACAAGCAGCAACAGGAAGGCAAGCAGCAACACAGGAAAUCAGCAAGGUUACUCCCAUUACUUGAACAAAAAUCACAACCAGGAUGCAAUGCUUAAUUCUCUGUAGGAUGUUAUGAAGAUAGAUUCAUCCAGCAUGACUGACGUGGAGGCUGUGGUCAGCAGUUUUGCAAGUUCAGCGAGGGCAGGCCGCCGGAAUGCCUUGCCAGACAUCCAGAGCUCAGCCGCCACAGCCGGCGGACCGGAGCUGCCGGUGCAGCUGGCCGCCCUCUCUGUGAAGGAAGAUGUAAAGCAAAAAGAUGAAGAAACGACACCAGGCCAAUUGGAAAACUCCAAAAAAGAAGAAAAAUGAAGACUCAUAAUUUAUCAAGAAUACUGAAUGUACGCAGAGUAAAAGAUUUAAUGAUUGUUUUUUCCUGAGAUGUGCUGGUGGUAACUAUGGUAACGUUGAAGCCUUAGCAACAUGGGUGUACUGGAUAAUUUUGUUGCAAAGCUGCCUGCUUGGAUUCCAAUAACGAUGUCCAAUGUAGGCUGUUAGAAGAUAGGUUAACUGCCAAACUGCAUCCAAGAGAAAGGUUAAGAGUGAACGGUCACUUAAAUGUACAGCACUGUCUAUAUACUCAACAAAAUCAACUGUUGCUUUCUGGAGGUGUUUAGCUAGAUGCAUUUUUCACUCCAUUUACAUGGCUACAGCCAAACCAUUUCUUGAUUGAUGUGAAUCAAAUGCCACUAAUUUGAAAUUAUGUAGAAUUUGUAGGAGAUUAAGAUACGGUGAGAAUGAUAGAAUAGUGAAAAAUCACAUGGGUAGCAUGUGUUUGUUUUUAACCAUGCAUUUGAUUUUUCCUCUACUCUCUAAAAACAAUUUGAAAAAUUUGUAAUGUGGACAUCAUAAACACCUCUAGGAUGUUUUGUGUGAGAUAUUCUGCUUCUGGUAUGUGCAUACUGUGAUUUUUUUCAUGUGUAACCUUCAGAUGUAAAAUUUAUCAAAAAGUACUUAUAUUUUGCAUAUAAAUAAUUGAGUGAAUUUCACUAUCUUUAGCUUUGGGGUAUCUAUGUGUAUAUGUUUCACGUUAAUGUGAAUUACACAAAAUAUUUUACUUGUUGCUUUACAGUCUUAUUUUGGGAAAUUUGUGUGUGUGUAACUUGUUUUCAAGAUAAUUUCCUCAGGAAUGCAGACCUUAAUUUUGAUAUUUUUCCCAAAGUAGGUAAAAUAACUGUAAACAUAUUUAGUGAACGAGAAGAUAGAAAAAUAUCUGCUUUUACUAUAUAUUUAAGUAUAUAUUUUAAAAGAAACAAAAACAGAACCAAAGCUUUAGUACAUUGUGAUUUAUUAGAAAUUUUAGGAAAAUAAUUCUGAAUUUUUAAAAAAAUUUUGAAUAGUGAAUUUAUUUUCAUUUUCAGAGAUGUAUGCAUGAAGUUAUAUUUUAUUUAAUUGUUGAUUUAGGCCAGUCUGUAUAUAACAACCAAGUAAAGUCUUUCAUUAUUAAAGCCAUUUGUUACU